AUGGAAUCGAUCGUUACCAAUACACGGUUAUUUAAAUAUGCGAAAAAAGAAACGACACCGUUUCGAUUAUUCGUUCAAAAAGUCAAACAUGACUGGUCAUUUGUCUUCUCUGGAAUGUUGGCGUUUAAUAUUCUACUCGCACUUUUACCAAUGGCGAUCACAUUGUUCGGUAUUCUUGGUCUUGUUCUUGAUAAUCACCCAGAUUUGAGGAAUAAUAUCAAAAAGAAAAUAAUCGAUUCGUUCCCUGUAGAGACGAGACAUAGUAUAAGACAAAUUAUAAACAUGGCUUUUCAAAAAUUGCAUCGUGAUGCUGGAUUUAUCUUUGGUUUUGGUUUGUUAUUUGCGAUUCUUGGAAGUUCGAGAUUAUUCGUUGCGAUGGAUCGAUGUUUAACGAUUAUCUAUCGAGUUGAAGAACGAAAAUUUCUUCGCAAGUAUCUUUUAGCAAUCGCGAUGUUGUUUCUUUUUCUGAUUUUAAUCCCAACAAUGGUCACUGCUUCACAAUUACCCGCGUUACUUCUCGGUAUGAUUCCUAACUUCGGUGGACGCUUCGUCGUAUAUAUUUUCGGUUUGUUAACGAGUUUAUUCUUAUCAUUUAUACUCUUUGAAAUCAUUUACUUCAUUAUACCGAAUAAGAAAAUGACGAUUAAAGAAACUUGGUGCGGUGCGUUGGCUGCUGCCAUUGGUUUACAACUAUUUAUGAUCGUUUUUCCGAUCUACGUGAAAAAUUUCAUGGCGAGUUACACGGGUCAAAUUGGAUUUGUUGUGAUUUUACUUAUAUUUCUGUUCUAUUCGGCUGUUAUUUUUAUAUUAGGUGCCCAAAUUAAUGCUUUCUUUUUUGAACACAUUCAACCAUUGCCGGUGUCAAUAGGAACGUUCGUUAGUGCUAUUGCUGAUGAAUAUCGCGAACGAGAAACACGAGAACCAUUGAACGUUUGA